AUGUUCGGUAGUUUUAUAUUCGCGGGCCUAGCCAUCCAGAUUGCAUGGGCAGAAAAAGUAGCAGAGCACGUGCGGGAAGUUCAAUGCGCAGAUAACACUAAUUGUGCAGCAGACGCAUGUAACGUUCUGAUUGGCGAUAAGCUGUACUGUUCUCAAUGUGACGCAGGAUCUGUUCCUAUCAAUGGAAAAUGUGUAGGCAAAGAUGGUGCAACAGAUAAGUGUAAAGAUAGCUCCGGAGGCAAUACAGCCGAUCAGACCUGUGGACAGUGCGCUGGUCAGACUUUCAUGUACAAGGGCGGGUGUUACGAAGCAGCCCAGCAGCCCGGACAGACCAUGUGCACGCAAGCCUCUGAGGGAAAAUGCACACAAGCCGCGCAAGGAUACUUCGUGCCACCGGGCGCAGAUGUCUCUCACCAGUCGGUUAUACCGUGCGGAGACGCGACGGGCAUAACGCUUGGCGAUAAGACAUACACGGGCGUGGCCGGGUGCACUACCUGUGACGGGUCUGCACUGACGAGCCAAGCUAAUGGAGUUGCUAAGUGUACUGCGUGCGGCCCUGAUGCGCAGCAAACCGCGAGGAUUGUUAAGACGGACGGGGGCGCGACGUCGUGUGUGACGGAACAGGAGUGCACCGGCACUGAAGGGUUCUUCGUCGAUACAACGGGCGGUAAAAAAUGCAGCAAGUGCGCUGAGACAUGCAAGACCUGUAAGACUGGGGCUGCGAAGUGCACCUCCUGCAAGGAUGACAAGCCGUACCUAAAGAAGGAUGACGAGUCCACAACUGGCACGUGCGUUGACGCAAACGGCUGCCCGGCAACUCAUUACGUUGAUAAGGAAGCAAAGGAGUGCAACACCUGCGCUUCCGGAGGGACGGUGGACUGCGCCACUUGUGAGAAAGGCCCCACCGGAGUGGUUUGCAAGACGUGCGGGCCUAAUAAGAAGAUCCAGCCAAACAAGAAGGGGUGCGUUGAAAGCUGCCCCUUGAACUCCAACGAGGAAAAGACCUCUGGCGUUUGUGAGUGCGUCGAGGGCUACGUUCCCGACAACGCGGGCACCGGGUGCACGAAGAAAUCCGACCCCCAGUGCAACACCCCCGGCUGCAAGACAUGCAGUGAGCCGAAGACAAGCAAGGAGGUGUGCACAGAGUGCGAGGGCACUAAGGCCCUCACGCCCACGGGCCAGUGCAUCGAUAACUGCGGAGAUCUGGGAGGCUACUACGCGGGCACCAACGAGGGGGGCAAGAAGGCCUGCAAGAAGUGCGAGGUCGAGAACUGCCUCCUGUGCAACGAGAACGGACAGUGUGAUACCUGCAAGGACGGAUAUUACAAGAGCGGAGCCGCCUGUGCCAAGUGCGAUACCUCGUGUAAGACGUGCGCGAACGGGAACUCCAACGGGUGUACGAGCUGCGAGCCUAAGAAGGCCCUCAGCUACGAAGGAGAGGGCAACACGGGGACGUGCAAACCAGGAUGCGAGCCAAAUGCUAACAACUGCGAGAAGUGCGAGCUGACGGUCAAUGGCACGGCCUACUGCUCCAAGUGCAAGGACGCCGGCCAGUUUCCGCAGAACGGAGUCUGCUCGGCGGCGGCCGGAAAGGCCAUUACGUGCACUACUCAAGGAAGUGGUGUUUGCAAUAAAUGCGCCAACGGGCUUCUUCGUAUGAACGGGGGCUGCUAUGAGACGACCAAGUUCCCCGGAAAGAGCGUCUGCUUAGCCGCAGCAGAAGCGAGCGAUGCUUGUCAGACUCCGGCCGACGGGUACAAGCUGGAUAACGGCGCGCUCACCACUUGCUCGGCCGGAUGUAAGACGUGCACCAGCCAGGACCAGUGCGACACGUGCAAGGCUGGAUAUGCUAAGACUGGCGGUAACACUCAGAAGUGUGUUCCCUGCGCCACUGGGUGCUCCGAGUGCAAUGCGAACGAUGCCACCAAGUGCACGGUGUGCGCUGCAGGGUACUACCUGUCCAAAGAAAAGUGCAUAGCAUGCGACAAGAGCGACGGGGGAUCCAUCACCGGCGUCGCCAACUGCGCUAGCUGCGCCCCUCCAUCGGCUGGUAGUGGCUCCGUCCUCUGCUACCUCAUAAAAGAUGGUGACAGUACCGACGGAAGCACGAACAAGAGCGGCCUUUCUACCGGUGCCAUCGCGGGGAUCUCUGUCGCAGUCAUUGUCGUCGUCGGAGGCCUUGUGGGCUUCCUCUGCUGGUGGUUCAUCUGCAGAGGGAAGGCGUAG